AUGGCCCUGGUGACCCUGCAGCGCUCGCCCACGCCCAGCGCCGCCUCCUCCUCCGCCAGCAACAGCGAGUUGGAGGCUGGCAGCGAUGAAGAUCGCAAGUUAAACCACAGCUUAAGUGAGAGCUUUUUCAUGGUGAAAGGAGCAGCCCUCUUCCUACAGCAGGGAAGCAGCCCUCAAGGCCAGCGGAGUCUUCAGCACCCCCACAAGCAUGCAGGGGACCUGCCUCAGCAUCUUCAAGUCAUGAUCAACCUUCUGCGUUGUGAAGAUAGAAUCAAGCUGGCCGUGCGCUUGGAGAGUGCCUGGGCGGAGCGGGUCCGCUACAUGGUGGUGGUGGACAGCAGCGGGCGCCAGGACACGGAGGAGAGUAUCCUGCUGGGAGUUGACUUCUCCAGUAAGGAGAGUAAAAGCUGUACCAUCGGGAUGGUUCUCCGCCUGUGGAGCGACACAAAGAUCCACCUCGAUGGAGACGGUGGGUUCAGCGUCAGCACCGCCGGGAGGAUGCACGUCUUCAAGCCUGUGUCUGUCCAGGCCAUGUGGUCUGCCCUGCAGGUCCUGCACAAGGCCUGUGAGGUGGCGCGGCGGCACAACUACUUCCCGGGGGGCGUGGCGCUGCUCUGGGCCUCCUACUACGAGAGCUGCAUCGGCUCCGAGCAGAGCUGCAUCAACGAGUGGAAUGCCAUGCAGGACCUCGAAUCCACGAGGCCCGACUCCCCCGCCCUGUUCGCAGACAAGCCGACCGAAGGGGAAAGGACGGAGCGUCUCAUCAAAGCCAAACUCCGGAGCAUCAUGAUGAGUCAAGACCUGGAGAACGUGACCUCCAAAGAAAUUCGUAAUGAAUUAGAGAAACAGAUGAACUGUAACCUGAAAGAAUUCAAGGAAUUUAUAGACAACGAGAUGCUCCUUAUCUUGGGACAGAUGGACAAGCCCUCUCUCAUCUUCGACCAUCUUUAUCUCGGCUCUGAAUGGAAUGCAUCCAACCUGGAGGAACUGCAGGGCUCAGGCGUUGACUAUAUUUUAAACGUCACUAGAGAAAUAGAUAACUUUUUCCCUGGCUUAUUUGCUUACCAUAACAUCCGAGUCUAUGAUGAAGAGAGCACAGACCUCCUCGCACACUGGAACGAGGCGUACCAUUUCAUAAACAAAGCAAAGAGGAACCACUCCAAGUGCCUGGUCCACUGCAAAAUGGGCGUCAGUCGCUCGGCUUCCACCGUCAUAGCCUAUGCAAUGAAGGAAUUUGGCUGGACCCUGGAGAAAGCCUACAACUACGUGAAGCAGAAACGCAGCAUCACGCGCCCCAACGCAGGCUUUAUGAGGCAGCUGUCUGAGUAUGAAGGCAUCCUGGACGCCAGCAAGCAGCGGCACAACAAGCUGUGGCGCCAGCAGGCCGACGACAGCUGCUUCCAGCAGCCUGGGGAUGACCCCGCGGGGCCUGGGGACUUCCAGCCAGAGACCCUGGACAGCACCCGAGAAGCCCAGCCACCCUGCUUGGACGCCGCUGGCCCCCCGCCUGCGUUCCCGGGCAGCGGGGCGCUCGGGGGCCCCGCUCUGCCCUGCUGCUUCCGGCGACUGUCAGACCCUCUGCUGCGGGCCCCCGACGACGAGACGGGCGGCCCUGUCCACCUGGAGGAUCUGGAGAGGGACGCUCUGCUGGAGGAAGCCACUCAGCUGGCAGAGGCGUCCCAGCCAGCCAGACCACCCCCAGAAGGCCCCGGGCUCUGCGAGAGGGAAGUGAGGAAGAAACCAGAGCCUGGGGGCCCCCAGGCCCAGGGUGGCUCCUCGCCGCAGGCGGAGGAGAUGGAAAGGGAGGAGGCCUUGGGAGCCGGGAGGUGGGGGCGGCCCGCAGCCCAGCUCGGUAACCUGUUCAACCAGGAAAACCUAAACAACAACAACAGCAAGCGGAGCUGCCCGGAUGACUUUGAGCAUGACGCGAUCUUUGGGAUCCUUAACAAAGUGAAGCCUUCCUACAAAUCCUGCACCGACUGCAUGUACCCUGCAGCUGGCGGGAACCCCGAGGCCUUCGGGGAGCGAUGCAAGAAUCCCGGUGCUCCUGCCAUCUGCACCCAGCCCACCUUCCUACCCCACCUCACGUCUUCCCCCGUGGCCAGCAGAUCCCGAGCUUUGGAGAAACUGGCCUCUGUCCCAACCGAAACCGCCUCCUUCCUACCACCAACAGGCUCGAGGAGGCCAGACUCCAGUGGUCCAGGGGCCGGGGCUGCCCCGGAGCCCCCAGCCAGCCUUCCGGAACCUUCCAGAGAGAUUCACAAAGCCCUACCAAAGUCCCUCCUCGUGAAAAAUUCUCACUGUGAUAAGAACCCUCCCGGCUCGGAAGCAGUGAACGAAGACUCGCCACCCAAGAGAGAUCCGAAGCUGGCCAAGGACCUGCGGCUCCUGUUCAGCAAAGAGGCCGAGAAGCCCACGAGCAGCAGCUACUUGAUGCAGCACCAGGAGUCCAUCAUCCAGCUGCAGAGGGCGGGCCUGGUCCGAAAGCACACCAAAGAGCUGGAGAGGCUGAAGGGCACGCCGGCUGAGCUGGGGGCCCCCUGCCGGGACAGCCCGGCUGCCAUCCCUGAGGAGAACCCGGACUCGCCUCUGCCCGGCCAAGCCCCGGGCCCCGAGAAACCUGAGGCCGGCCCCCCUCUGCUAGAGGGAGCCCUGCUGAAGAGCCCCCCGCCCUUCCUCUGCCGCCCGGACCACGCCAGCCACUUCUCCAAAGACUUCCUGAAGACCAUCUGCUACACCCCCACCUCAUCCUCCAUGAGCUCCAACCUGACGCGGAGCUCAAGCAGCGACAGCAUCCACAGCGUCCGCGGGAAGCCAGGGCUAGUGAAGCAGCGCACGCAGGAGAUCGAGACCCGGCUCCGGCUGGCGGGCCUCACCGUCUCGUCCCCGCUCAAGCGCUCCCACUCCCUGGCCAAGCUCGGCAGCCUCAACCUUUCGACUGAGGACCUGUCUAGCGAGGCCGACGUGUCCACCGCAGCCGACUCCCAGGACACCAGGUUGAGCGAGUCUUCCCUCUUGCACGAGCCCCUGGCAGCCACCAAGAGUCCGGCCACAACCUCGAAACCAUCAGGGAAAUCUGCCCUGGAAAACUUGAAAAGCCCUUCAUGGCCGGGCAAAAGCUGA